UCUGUCACAAAUAGUAGUGUUCUUAAUAUUCUCCGGUUGUUUGUAACCUUUUCAUGUUUGAGCGAAGAUUUUAAAAAUUUGCUGAUUAUUAUAUAUAUAAUUAUUUCAAUUAUAUUAUUAUAAUUGAAAAAAAGAAACUCAAGGUUUGAAGCACAAUGUCGAAUGAAAUAAAUACAAGCUUGCUAGUGAUAGUAUUGGAUGUAAAUCCCGUGCAAAGGAUAGUGAAGCAAGAAACUAAGGUACUGUCGCAAUGUCUGGACUCCACGAUAGUCUUUGCCAAUGCUCAUCUGAUGCAGUCAUCCAACAACGAAUUGGCAAUGAUGGCGUGUCACGGUCAUAAUGCCAAGUUUCUCUAUCCCUGUGAGAAUGUGGCAGAAAUCAGGCAGAUGGAUGGUCAAUAUGAGAGGUUUACCAUGGUAGAACGUACGGUACGUCUACAAUUGCAGCGGGUUAUCAAUGAGAUAUCCAUGGAUCUUCCACUGAACACUGAGAGCCUCAUUUCCGGUGCGCUCAGCAUGUCACUAUGUUACAUUGCUCGGCUCGAGCGUGACAAAGUUGCCGGUCAAAAGCUAUAUCCUAGAAUAUUGGUGAUUACUGCCAGCAACGAUUCUGCUACACAGUAUAUGAAUUACAUGAACAUAUUUUUCACGGCACAGAAAAUGGGCGUUAUUUUGGAUGUAUGCAGUUUGGACCAAGAACUGACGCUUCUACAGCAAGGCUGUGACAUCACAGGCGGCAAUUAUUUAAAGGUGCCGCAACUUGCUGGUUUGCUGCAGUAUUUAUUGUGGGUUUUCCUACCAGACCCCAGUGUUAGAUCGAAGUUAGUUCUUCCCCCACCAGUCAAAGUGGAUUAUAGGGCAGCGUGUUUUUGCCAUCAGGAACUUAUUGACAUUGGAUAUGUUUGUUCUAUAUGUUUAUCAAUUUUUUGCAAAUUCAGUCCAAUAUGCACGACUUGCCACACGGUGUUCAAAAUGCCAGGACCUAUACCGAUGAAGAUAAAGAAGAAGAAAAAAACUGUAGAUAUCGUUAAUUAGGCUUUUAUUAUUAUUAUGCUUUAUCAUAUUUCCAUAUUCGCCGUUAUAUUGAUCAAAAUAAAAUGAGACCAAAUAUCUGA